CAGCAUAUGCAGUGACAACAUUAACAACAACAACUCUAAAUUACACUUCAUUAAUAUUUGCGGACACCGUGCUAAAGUAGAUGCAGUUAUGGCCUCGAUUUGGCGGUAUCCGAAUAGAACGAAGUAUCGUGCUAAAGUUCCACAAGAUCAUGAGGACUAUUACCGACUGGAUCCCAGUAAAUAUAACAUAGAGAAUGCCUAUGAUAUCUACAGAGCGCUGUGUUGCCGCAACACAAGCGACACAAAACUCCUAUUUUUGCUUAAUGGUCUGGCAACGCUGUGCAAACAGCAGCAGUCGGAGCAGCAUAAUCCAAAAAAUUAUUUAGGCUUUAAUACAGAAGAGUUGCUCUAUUGUUUGAGCGUCUCGCUAAUCCACACAUUUACGCAAGUGCGUGCGGCCGCCUUGCGCACCAUACGUUAUGUGCUGGUCACGCCACGUGAUGUGAAAAUCUUCAACUCCAUGCAACUGCAACAUCUCGUAUGCCGCUCCAUCGAUGUGCUGCUGAAGAACGACGACGAACGCGUGCAAGCGCUGAAAUUGAUACGCAAGAUGCUGGCCAUUUCACCGGCCGACAUCAAUCCUGUACUCGUGCGUUGCUUGGUGUCACUCGCCGAUAGCGGCAUUGAAGAUGGCGACAAUAUGUUGCGCGCCUGCUUGGCCACGCUCUGUGAGUUCGCGGUGUUGAAUCCUGUGCUGUUGAUUGUCUGCGGCGGCGUCACAGCAAUCACACGCAACGUCCUGGAAUGCCACAAUCCACGCAUCGCUGAGAGCCUGUGCGGCGUGUUGCUCUAUUUACUGGAAUGGCCACAGACGCGCAACAUAUCAGGCGUGCGGUUGGAUUGCCUCGCGGCGCCAUAUUGCGAUUUUACCUACCGUUUGGGCAUCAUGAACAAAAAUAAGGAUGCACGUGAGUUGCGUUACACCAGUUGCCGCUUGGCAUUACUCUCGGUUUUGCGCAGUUGGACCGGUACAAUUGAGUUCUGUAAUCCUAGCAAACCGUCGGGGUUAAAAGCAAUAGUGGAUACGCUGUAUCUGAAUCAAAUGGAAGUGAGAAAAGCAAUAUUGGAUUUGCUUUAUGAACUUUUGAAUGUGCCGCAACCACCCUGGACCGAUGAUUACACGAUAGCCUUACAGACUGUCGAUCCUUCAGACUUUCAGGACGCUUGGUUGCUCAGCAAUGGCUUUGUUGCAAUGGAAGGACGCUUUAUCUUGCCGAGUUUGGCCGCACGUGCGCCAAAUGUUUGCGAGCAACAUUUGUCAUUGCUGUUGUACUGUUUUCUAGAGACUGGACUCUUAAAUGCACUCGUCGAGGUGAUCAGAUCGAGCGACACGCAUCUGUCGGUGCGUGCCACUGUGCUAGUUGGUAAAAUUUUGCAUUUAAUGCAUACACACUUACCGGCGGAUAUCUGUAGCACCAGCCCGGCACUACCGACACUCAUUUCGCACGCAACUCAGGGUAAUCAAAACGCCACCGCCGCAAUAUCAGCUUUACAAAAUUACCAAAAAAUGCUACGCAAUCGUCCUGCAUCAUGUAGUUUAUUUUUGGAUAGUAUUAUACAAGGGGGAUCCUUAAUACAAACACGUCUGUUUCGUCGUGAAAUCAACGCUCAGGAUCAUGCGCGUUCCUUUAGUGGCAAUGCACUGCAAUCGCCGCCGGUGACCGGCCAACUGGGUACACUUGGCAUUGCCGCUGGCGGUGGGCUCAUCACCGGUAAUCGUCAGCGUCUCGACUCGGUCUCGUCGAGCGACGAGUCGAACACGCAAUCAUCCUCAUCGCGUCGUGCGAGCUUCCGUUUCAAGCGAAAACUAUUACCGUUCUUUGAAAACCAGCGUGUGUCUAAAUUAAUACGUGAUUCUAAUGUAUUGUCUUCGCCGGACGAUAGCGGUUGGGACUGGGACAUCAUUAUUACUAUAUUGCGCUCAAACAUUAUGCGUAGAAUCGACGAUACGGUCAACAACUUCCUCAAAUCACUCUUGGACUAUUACAAACCCAGCAAAAAUCGUUUUUCUCAUCAAGACUUGGGCCAGCCUGGAAGAACAAUGCCAGCGUUCGUUAUUGCAGGCUUGGAUUUCAUUGAUUGGCUGCUGGCCAAUCCAAUGAUGGAGAGCAUACGUAUACUCACCGAUUACUUUUCGGACAUCAGCAAACAAUUGCUGGCCGUGAGCACAUCAAAUCGUGCACACGACUGCCUCUUUAGUCCACAACACAUGAGUAGUACAAUGUGUCAGCAGUAUUUUUUAUACAUUGGUCGCAUGUGUCGCGCACAUAACGGUAUACGUAUACUAACCGACACGGCUGUUUUUGAGCACCUGAUAAAUUUGGUGCGCAAUACGGACCAUGUCUGCUAUGUGAAACUAACUGUCUCCGCUCUAGAUUACUCGUUAGAAUCGGUGACACCGUUAGAAUCGGUGACACGUAAAGUGUUGGAGAGGGCUUUAACUGCUGCCAAAGUGCGCAGUGGUCGCUUGUAUGCGACACAAUUUUUGACUGUGCUGCUGCGUGCGCGUCUGCACAACUUCGAAGUCUGGGGUAUACCAUUGAUAAUACAGCAAACAAAAGAUCCCGAUCGUAGUGUAGUGUUGGCGGCGUUAGAUGUGCUUGAAGAGGCUUGUCACGAAAAGUAUUAUCUCGAAGAGAUUGUUAGCUUGUGGCCAGAUCUAAAAUCACUGGGCGAUGGUGGACGCCUAAUAAUGGCGCGCUACUAUUCACUGUCGCGUGGCUUGAAUCGUUUGCAGGCGCGCAUACAAGAAGAGAUUGAGUACUGGAAGAACGGCUAUAAUAAGCGUUAUGUUCUGCUUGUCGAGGCUAAUACACAUUCCAGUUUAACAUUGCACAUACGCAAUGAAGAUGGACAUUAUAGUCGCCGUAAUUGCAAUACCCGACCAAUUAUAAUUCCGCCAAAUAUUCCACCACACCUCUACGGCCAAAUGGUACAAACGGCUCAAGGUACAACAGCGUUAAGAAAAUAUGGUGAUUUGCCGCAUUUGGUUGACGUGAUUAGUCGCGGGAAAUGCUCAGAUGAUGCAGAGUGUUUGGAAUUGAAGUCGGCCAUUUGGGCUGUUGGACACGCAUCAACACACUCGAAUGGAAUUGAAUAUUUCGUAGAAUCAGGAUCGAGAAUCUAUGAGAAAUUGGUAAUACUGGCAACUAAAUGUGUUGUAUACUCAAUACGGGCCACUUGCUUUAAUGUGUUGGGUUUGAUCGGCGGUACAAACGAUGGUGCUAAUAUACUCUACAAGCUAAAUUGGUUGAGUGUGCGACACGAUCGCAACACAGAUUGGCCAGUGCAUCAGCCGGAAGAUUGGAUGUCGAAUAACUACACGCCGGUGCGGCAUCACUAUGAAGACAUGCCACCAUACAAUUACACCGGCAUUGAUGAUCAAAUCGAUGGCUCAUACACCGGUAGCUAUUGGAAUUUGCUCUUGAGCAGCAGCAGUACCACGGGUCAUGAUGGUGGCGCCGCUAGCGCUAGCUCCGAAGCGCCAGAUGCGAACACCACAGCGGAUAGCAGUAAAACAUGCGAUGAUAUUGCCAUGGCGAAGCCACCGCAACCGCAACACCAACAGACGCUGCAGCAAACGGUUAGCGCCAAAUCAAAAACUCUACCGGAAAGUACAUACAUGCGUCAUGGCAAACAUCAGCGCUCGUUGUCCGAAUCGAAAACUACGGAUGUGAUUAGUCUUAUAAGUGGCACUGCCAUCGGCGCUAUGGGUGUACCACAUCCGGCGCAUCGCAUACGUUACAACUCGUGCACCGAUUCGAAUACAUCGGGUGUGAGCAGUUGUGAGUCGGUGACCAUGCGUAUACAGAAUGUGGGUGAUUUUCAGCAAUUUCCGCUGAGUCCUAUACCGAGCAUGUCGAAUUUGGUUGUUGACGUGCAACCGCAAAGAAGUAUUCUAUUGCGCGGCACUUCCUUAGUGGGUGCUUCAUAUCUGAAUACCUCACUCAGUCCGGCGGAUAUAAAAGGCUAUGCGCAGCUGCGUUCAUUGCGAAAAUAUUGCCGACCAAUGGUCUCUGAGUCGGCGACAGACGUUUACGAUAUUAUCGAUCGCAUUGAGUUUCUCUCACUUGGCUCCUCGGUAAUGCGUCCACGCAAAUCUUCCUUUGGUGAAUCGCAGCGUCGCAUGAAAGUGCGCAGCUUGGAUCGGCAAUCUUCGUUGCGUAUACCGCGUCUCGACUUUGAGGAACUGCAGCAGGUACCAUUGCCAACACUGGCGGCACCAAAGUUUCUAGCACAAAACGAUUUGAAAGGCCCUUGCUAUGCAGGUAUUUGUCUUCCGAAGAAUCUGCUUGAUCUCUUCCCGACUCGCAAUGUGACAUGCACUUACGUCUCACGCGACAUACAAGAUCAGGAUUUGAUGGAUAUAAAUUUGCUAACCGCGAAUCAACAGUUCCUGAACGAUUCUCUUAACAAUGAAUGUGGUGACGAGUCUUCGGUUAUAUCAUCGCUUUCGGACGUGUCAUCGGUUAGUAAGCGUUCAAAAUGGCUCGGCGCUAAGCACGGGCGCAACAAUUGUCUCCACUGUUCACGUGCGCGACGCAAUCGCACGCAUACACAACGCCUCGAUAGUGAUGCAGCCGCCGCGAGUGCCGCACUUACCGCCGGCAAUGAGCUUUAUACCAGCAGUGGUACAUUAGUUGGCGCCACAACAACUACACACGCCGUCACGCGUAAGAUCAAUAAACAGCCACCAGCCGCACAACAACUGCCAAGCAUACAACAACAGUCGUCGAAGUCACAAGCGCCACAGCAAAACGCGCAAAGCACCUCCACCAUACAGCUGUCGGACAUCUCGUUCAAUUCGCCGGAGAGUAUACUGAGCGAGGAGAGCAUGCCCGAUCGCCUGACCGCCAACAUAUUGUUCAACGUGCAACGUUUGGCAAAUCCGGUCAGUGCGCGGCUGACGAAGAAGGCAUUGCUGGAGCUGAAGCAGAAGCAUCCAGCGGCCUUUCAAGACAUUUGUCUCUAUGCCGAGGUGUGUAAAACAUUGGGACGCAGCAGUUAUCGCAUGAAUGCGCGCCGAUUUCUACAGGAACUCUUUCUCGACUUGAAUUUCGACUCGUUCUAUGCUGAGCCCUCAGACAUAUUAUUGAAAAAGGAGAAGUAUAUGGAUUUCGAGCGUGAUCGCAGCGAGGUGGAGCGCCUGCAUGAGCUGAGCGGUAGCUCGCGUGGUGCUAAAGGUAAGAGUGGUGCUUCCGCUGCUAUUGCUGGUGCUAUUGGUGGACACGGUGGUGAAGUAAGUGGCAGCACUACGAAGGUAUUAACAACACAAACGUUAGGCGGCUUGGGUUACAUGGCAACACACAAGGCGGUGACGCAUCUCAGCGGGAAGCUGCAACCACUGGCGAGUGUUUACGAAGCCAGCUGUGAGAACCUGCUGCAGGAUGGUACAACAAAGGCUGAAAUAAAUGUGAAAACGAAAUUAAGAGGUGAUAACAAUCAUGAGGACAAGAUGGAUGCGCGUGCCAAAGCUAGAGCGCUCGGCAACACAUCCGCCUCGGUGAGCGUCACGUCGUCGUUGGGACGCGAAGUGCGUAAUGAGUUGCGCAUAACCUCCGACAGCGAUGAAAGUGAUUAUGAAGAUACGAAUCGUUCGACGCAAUGGAUUGCGGCACCAUCGGUGCUGACCAACGACGAUGUGGACGAAGUGGACGGCAUUGCGAUACAACGGUGUUCCAUUACGCCGGCCUCUUCGACGACAGCGGCAUUCUCCUGCAAUACGACUGGCACAAACACCGCUUCCAGUCAACCGUUGAUCAGCAGUAGUAAUUGCAGCAGCGAACAAACGACGAAUAGCAGUAAUCGCAGCAGUAUUUGUACGAUAUCGCGACAACCGACGAUGGCCAGCGGAUUUUCGGACAACAAUAUGGAACACAUUAGUAUGAGCAACAACAACAAUAACAACAACACAAAUGUGAAUGUGAACACCAGCUGCAGCAGCACGAAUUUGAAUGCGAACAUAAGUACGAGUAUGAGCAGCGGCAGCGUCGGCGUCGGCACGAGCAUGGGCACCAGCAGUUGUGCAGUCAGCGUUGGUGGCGCCAAUAACACAGGUGGAGCGAGCCUAAUAGAAAACCAAAACAAAAAGUAUACACGCGGACGUUUUUAUACGCUUGAAUUGGACUUGAGUUGUACGAAAAAUAAAUUUCCCAUUACAGAUCGUAGCCGCAAUAAUGCAAAUUGGAAAACGGAAAGUGCUGUCGCUGGCGCUGCCACUGCCGCUGCCGCUGCUACUACAUCGUCUGCCACCAACAUUGAUGCUGCGAUAUUGCGACGUAGCAGCUAUGCACCAGGUGUAGGCGAGAAUGGUGGCCCGCUUACGGUAGGCGCAAUAAAGCAAUCACCUAAUUCACUAACAACAACAAACACAGAAACUACGGCAACUAGCUCCAGCAAUACCAAUUUCCACUAUCGUGUUCCCAUCAUGCGGCAAUCAUACACAGCCGGCAUUAUGCCACAAAUGCAAUACAUCCAUACCGAAGGUGGCGGCGGAGAUUCAAAUCGCAUCAGCACUACUAACACUACAAAUAGCAACAAUAGCACUGCUCCCGUGCUUGAUCCACUGAGCGCUAAGCAUAAUGUUACUGCGUGUAAUCAGCCGUCGACAAGCGCGACGAGUAGCGUUAAUACACUAACGAUAACCAAAAGCUUGGCGGCGUCACUGGCGAAGCCCAUCGGUAGUUUGUACUGUGAGAAACGCUUGCAGGCGCUCAAAAUGGACACAAAAGCAACUGACACAUAAAUGCACGCGAGUUGUAACUAAAAUGGCCACCACAAGCACAGCAAACCAACUGACACUUCAGUUCCCUAUUUUUUUUAUUUACCCUGCUACUUCUGUUACUCUCCUAGCCGCCAACAGCAGUUUGGCAUCGUUAUUAUUUUUGAGGUUAUGCUUUUCGCAAUAGGAAUUGAAUUAUGCAAAGUAUGCGUGUGAGUAGACUAUGUGAUAAAUAGUGAUUUUCUUUAGCCAAGCAAGUCGUAGGGGUUUUGAAACAUUUGGUGGUUAGUAGUGCAUUUCGGUAAUUGAAGUUUUAAAAUGGCGUACACGAUUCUUAAAUAAGUUGCUGUGGCAUAUGAAGAGACUUUGAAAUUGUUACCAAUGCAACUUUAUAUAUUUUUUCUCACUUUAAAACUAUUUAAAUUUGUUUAAUUUUUUUUCGAAAUUAGUGCAACUUUUUCGCGUAAGUUUAAAGUUUUCCGUAAAUCCACUAAACAAAGAGUUGCCGAAUUUCAAUAAACUGUGUAUUUAUUAUUUAAAAAAAUGUCUUGAAUCCAAUGCAAAGAUAGAAUUAUUUAAAAAAUUAUUUUCAACCAGUACUUUGACUAUAAAAUGCAAAAAAAUAAAAAAUUAAAAUUGUAUUCCAUUUUAUUUGAAAAACAAAGAUUACUAAUGCUUGUGUUGCAAACGAAGAUUCUAAAGUCUAGUAUAUGUAUAUACAUAUAUACAAAAUGUAUCCCAAGCAAUGAAAGAAAAUAUGGAAAAAAUUAUAAAUGGAUUGUACAGUUAAAAUAUUAUAAAACGAAAAAAAUAACUUUUGAUUUAUAAUAAUUCAUUGAAUAAUUGCUACGCACGUGCGUAAAACGAGAAAGAAAAACAGAUCGGUUUUGUUAAGAAAUUGGCGCCAUGAGUGUUGUAGUCAUAAUUCGAUGUAGAAAAAUCGUAGGGAUAAAUAAGCGUAGGUUUUCAAAUGAAAUAGUCAAACUGCAGGAAAAGAGUGGGAGAGUGAGGACGUAGGCAACUAUUAUAUGUAAAUUGUACAAUUCUCGCUGAAAACUGUUGGGUGGUACAUACGAAAGAUCAUUUGUUUCUUAAAUGGACGUUAUAUUUUCACUAUUUAAGAAUAUUUAUUAUUAUAUUUACGGAAUUCGUUUAACAGUUAGCUCAUUUUCGAAAAAUAUAACCGAUAAUUAAUGGUGAAUAGUCCAAUUUGUCAAUGAUUUAUUUUUUGUUAAUUUAAUUUUCUGUAACACAUACAAACUGCAAAAGCAUAUUUGAUAUUAUGUUUUGCUUAUCAGAAUUUGCUUUAGUACCCUGCAAUAUUGAUAUUCAAUAGCUUGAACUCUCCUAAUUUUUACUGUAUAACAGUGGUUCCUCAAUAAGAUUUUGUAAAGCAAUAUAAUGAAUGAAAUGCCUACAUAUUUGUAUACUUUUGGUAGUGGCAGCAAAUUAUUUUUUUAACACGUCUUCUGAUAGAGCGUUAUUAUAAUAACUGUCUGCAAUGCCAUUAAACUUGAAGAGUGCCGAAUCGAACAAACAACUGGCAUAAAUCGAGUAGAGAAUUGUAGAAAGAGUUAGUUAUUAUACUAAACGAAACAUGAAGGAUAUGAAAUGUAAGCAAAUAACUAAUGAAAGUGGUAUAAUCGUUUUUUUUAUUCUCUUAGUACUUGAUUAUGCCAAUUUUGAUUGAUUUCAUUUAUACCAGUCGUAUUUUUGAUUCUGGAGACUCGAUAACAGUUGUAUCUCUCUUCUAUUAAAUUAAUCUCAUUAAAGAUGUAUACUCGUUUUUGAUCAUAAAGGUACUCGAUUAUGCCAGCCUCUUUGAGUUAUACCAGUUGUAUUUUUGAUUCGCCACUAUCCCAGUUUUAGAGUUGUAUCUUUCUUUUAUUGUAUUCAGCCCAAUAACUGCAUUGUUGCUCUCCCUUUUUAAUAUUUUGACAAGAGAAGAGGGUUUAAAUAUUGCUGGCAGCGAAGUGGCGCAUAUUUUUAUUUUUUUGGAAAUUUAUUUGGAGUGAGAUUUACUCACAUUCUAAUAAAAUAAAUUUAACUUUUAUAGAUUGACUUAAAAUCAAUUUAUGAUCUUGUAAAUAAUGUUUGUAUAUUAUUUCUGGAACUUAAACAUAAAAUACAAACAAAAAUAAUUUCUUUUUUUAUAAAAAAAAAUCAGUCAUCUUAUAAAAAUUAAUUUUUAAUAGAAAGCUCUCAACCCUACCAAAAGUACACAAAUAUGUACAUAAACUUGAAAGUCAAGACUUUUGUGCUAACGAUAUAUACAAACAAAAACACAUACAUACACACAUCUAUUAACUCACACAUUAUAUAGUUCAAUUCAAACGCAUUUCUACAAUAGUUAGUUACGAUUUUAUUACAACAAUAUGCCGACAAACGAAUUUCCUAUUUAGUAUAUAAAGAAAAGCAACAAACACAAAAGACAACAAAAAAGCAAAAAUAUGAAAUGAAAUGAAAUAAACUAAAGUGAACUGCAGCUAGUGGCAUUUUCUGAAAUAGUAAAGUAAAAAUAAAUACAUACAUAUACAUAUAGAUGGUAUGUAGUAUAUAUGUACAAAGGCAAAUAGUUUGUAAAGCAAUGAGAAAACUCAUGCAUACAUACAUACAUACAUACAUAUGUAUAUAUAAAAGUGAUAGAGGCAAAGAAAUUAACAGUACAUAAGUAUUAAAAUAUAUUUUUUUUUUAACACAUUUGCAAUAAUUUACCACAAAUAUAGCGAAAUAUAAAUAAUAGGAAUUAAUACAUACACACCAAAACUCUCAACUGCCACUAAGAAAAUGAAUAAUUUCAACAAAAACAAAAAAGAAAAAAUGAAAAAUGUACGAAGAUAUUUACUUUAUGUAAUGUCUAUUUUUUAAUUCCUACAAAUUUUAUAGCGCCAAUCGUUUAAGGGUUGUAGAAAGGUGUAUAUAUAUUAUUAAUUAUAUAUUAUAUACAUCCGUGUGCAACUCUUAAGCUGCUACCUUUAAAUAAUUUUAUUGUCCUCGACUCUCCGCAAUUAUGUACAAAUGUUUAUUCUGUUUUGCUUUUUCGUCUACGAAAUAUACAUAUAUAUAUUUUCUAAAAUAUUUAUGUAUUCACAAUUAAUUUUGCUUAUUUACAUAUGAGUUCCUUUGAGUAACACGAACUAGUACCAUAAAACAUGCAUACAUACAUACAUGCACCACUCAAGUGCAGCUAGCUUAGUUUUAAAUUAAUAAUAAUAAUAAUUAAAAGCAAACAACAACAACAAAAUACAAAUUAAAUAAACAAUGUAACUGCAUUUGUGUUUCCUAUUACAACUACAAACAUAUAUACAUACAUACUAUAAAUACAACAAAUACAAGUGUACUAGUUAAUUUACAUAUUUAGUAGCUAAAUGAAUUUAGUAAUUUAUACGAGUUUGUUUUUAAUCUAUUCUAGUAUUUACUUGUUCAAUAAGUUAGCAUAUGCGACAUUUUCCAACGAUUUUGUAAAAUUUUUCGUAAACAUUAGUUGAAACGAUAUGAAAAGUGUAAUCAAAAAAUGUUUGGGUGUCUACCAUUGACUUACCCUUAGUGAAAUACGAUUACUUACGUACAGCUAAUACGAUGUGUAUGCUAUUCGCGUCGGCAUAAACGGAAGUGACUCGUGUUUUUAAGCGACUAAGGACUUUCACGCCGACUGUCAUUUCACAAAACAUCAACAACAACAAUUUUAUAACGUUAUAACAACAACAACAACAUACUUAUGAUGGACAUUACGUUUACAUAAGAAAUGUAUGCGAUUUCUAGCAUUUCUGCAAUUUUAAUUGACUUUUUUCUGUAUUCACACACACACAUGCAUACAUACAAACACAAAAUAUAUUUUGAAAUCAACACACUUACCUUUUGGCAUACGUUCAACUAAUUAUGAAAUUGGUAUUAAGUUUUUCGCGUAAAUUAGGUCUUAGCCGUAAGCAAAACAGAAUAAAUGCAACUAUUACACAUUAAUUAUGACUCUAUGCGUGAAGUGAGGUUAGUUUUUAGUUUGUUAGUUGAACAUACAUACAUACAUACAUAAAUAUGUAUACAAAUAUGUAACAACACAAUACCAACUGACAAGAAGUUAUGUAUAUUAAAGUAAGCAAAUUAAAUUACAACAAAAAAACACAACAACAAUCGUUUAGCAUUAAGCGUAGUUCGAAAAUAAAUAUGCAA